AUGGCUCCGAUAUUCAACACCACCAUUGUCUGCAAUACUACUGCGACUUGCGCCUCGGCGUUGGACACUGUCCAGGAGCGGUAUGAAGACGCUGAGCGUCUAAGCUACAUCCUUGGCGCACUUUUGGGUAUAGUAUUCCUACUCUUCGUUUGUAGUCCGCUAAUCUUCAACCUGCCGAGGGAAAGAGACGACGACUAUGAGACAAGCCGAGCUCCUCCUCCCAAUCCUUUCCCUUCUGCUCCUUCUGAAAACGACGGGGUCGAGAUGCAAAAUCUCGCGGGGGUCCGCGAGAUGCCAAGCCCGGAGCAAUUCGCCAUCGAUGCGACAAACUCGACCCGGUCAAGCUUGCCGGACCCCGAACGGUUCCGGAAGGUUAAGGUGGACGGCGAGAGUUUCCACGUCAACAACUCGGACGCCACAUUCCAUGUCGACGACUCGGACGCCACGCGCCUUGCCCAAACUGGCGUUUUUCGGGGAGCCGGCGACGAGCAGGAAUUGGCCAGGCGGUGUGUUGACGAGGCCGGAGCUCUGUCCAUGGCGGGUGAUGGUGAGUAUGAAGGCACGUCUCGGGACAGGAUUGGGACUGCGGUGUAA